UUGCCGAUCAUCAUCAAUGGCUGCCCAAACUGAAAGUCGUGGUGGUGGUGGAGGGGAGGUGAAGAAGCUGCUUAGCGCAGUGAAUGACCAUUACGGAUGUGUGAUCGUCCACGUCACUCAGCACAUGGAUCCUGCUACCUUCGUAUCCUCUCUUACCUCUUCGAUUGCACAUUGGAAGCUGCAGGGAAAGAAGGGUGUUUCGAUCAGAUUGGCAAUAGAGCGAGUCAAUCUUGUUGAAGCUGCGGUCAAGGUGUGUGGAAGCUCCCCACUGGAGUCGUUGAUGAGGUGUGUGCAUUCCAACAAGCAUUGUUUUCCAUUCUCAGAUCUUCAGAGUUGGGUGGGAGAAGAUAUCUUUGCAGCUGCUGUCCGAGAAGUGAAGGAAGAAACCGGAGUAACUAGUUUUCCGACUUACCAUUUAGUGAGUGUACAUAUUAGCUUAUUAAUGCGAUUUCUCAUUUCACUUUUUUUUGUUAUUAAUUAUGUUGUUUCAGAUUGACUCAGAGUUUGUGGAAGUUGUUACCGUCAGGUAUGAAUUGUAUGAAGUCCUUGUCUAUCAAUUGGGUGGAGCCAUGUGUAAGCUUAUAAACUUAAAUCUGACUACUUUGUACAAUGAGUUGCAAUCUUUACCUGCGAGCAUGAAGCUACAUUCAAACUGGUAUUUAGGGGGAAGCAUGUCGUUCACUCUUAUGCACUGCACGACGAAAGCAAGAUUUUAUACUGUGUGUAUUUCAUCAUUUGUAAAAUAUACCGAUAAAUUCAAUGAAAACAUCGGAAGAGAGUCCUAGUUAAAUGGAUAACUGCAUUGUCUAGAGUAUUUACAAUGAUGCCUAUUUUGUACCGAAUACGUGUUUGUAUUGUAUCCAAAUUUUUCCA